AUGUCUGCGGAGGCGGCACACAUUCUGAGAAAAAAGGAGGGCAUCCUGUCCUUGGAGAAGUAUCUUGAUCGUAAAAUCGUGGUAUCGCAAAAAGGGCACGAAGUGCACGGCGUACUGAAAGGGUUUGACAAUAAUGUGAACUUGGUUCUAGCCGACGCAGAGUUGUGGCACCGCAACACACACAUGCGCACGAUUGGCGCCUGUGUCGUGCGUGGUGGCCCAGUGAACAUCAUCCUUUCCGGUGACACCACCGUGAUCCCAAACCCCUUUAUUUAG